AGAGCUGCUCCCCAUUCAUUUCCAGGUUCAACUCAGCAAUAGUUUGAAUUGAACCACUUUCAGAAAUUGGAUCGAAAAUGGAGAUUGAGACUAAGCCUGAGGAGAUUGUGUUCAGAUCAAAGUUGCCGGAUAUCUACAUUCCCAAGCAUCUCCCGCUGCAUUCCUACUGUUUCGAGAAUAUUGCAAAGUUUAGCUCUAGGCCAUGCUUGAUUAAUGGCGCUACCGAUGAGGUGUAUAGCUAUGCUGAGGUUGAGCGAACUUCGAGGAAGGUCGGAGCUGGAUUGAGCAAGCUCGGGAUCAACCAGGGGGAUACAAUCAUGAUCCUCCUGCACAAUUCUCCGGAAUUUGUGUUCGCGUUCCUCGGCGCCUCGUACAUCGGCGCACUUUCGACGAUGGCGAAUCCUUAUUUUACACCGGCGGAAGUUAUCAAGCAGGCGAAGGCGUCGAGCGCUAGAUUGAUCAUCACGCAGGCGUGCUACGUUGAAAAAGUUAGGGAUUACGCGUUCGAGGAAGGUGUUAAGGUCAUGUGCAUCGAUUCUCCGACGCCGCCGGAUUGCAUCCAUUUCUCCGAGCUGAUUUCCGCCGACGAGGCUGAUAUUCCAGCGGUGAAAAUCAAUCCGGAUGACGUUGUGGCGCUGCCGUACUCUUCCGGUACCACUGGACUCCCCAAAGGCGUGAUGCUCACGCACAAGGGGCUUGUUACCAGCGUCGCGCAGCAAGUGGAUGGAGAAAAUCCGAAUCUCUAUAUUCAUAGCGAGGAUGUGAUGCUCUGCGUGUUGCCGUUAUUUCACAUUUACUCGCUCAAUUCUGUUUUGCUCUGCGGAUUGCGCGUCGGGGCUGCUAUCCUAAUCAUGCAGAAAUUCGAUAUCGUACCAUUUCUGGAGCUGAUACCAAAGUACAAAGUCUCGAUUGGGCCUUUCGUGCCGCCGAUAGUCCUCGCCAUUGCCAAGAGUCCAUUGGUGGAUAAAUACGACCUUUCCUCUGUUCGGACGGUGAUGUCCGGGGCGGCGCCGCUGGGGAAGGAGCUGGAGGAUGCUGUACGGAUCAAGUUUCCUAAUGCCAAACUUGGUCAGGGGUAUGGAAUGACAGAGGCUGGACCAGUGCUAGCCAUGUGCUUGGCGUUUGCCAAAGAACCAUUCCAGAUCAAAUCAGGGGCCUGUGGAACAGUAGUCAGAAAUGCUGAGAUGAAAAUUGUGGAUACAGAAACUGGUGCUUCACUAGGACGGAAUCAGCCUGGUGAAAUCUGCAUUCGGGGUGAUCAGAUCAUGAAAGGCUAUUUGAAUGAUCAGGAAUCUACAAAGAGGACAAUCGACAAACAAGGGUGGCUACACACGGGCGACAUAGGAUUCAUCGACGACGACGACGAGCUCUUCAUCGUGGAUCGCCUCAAGGAGAUAAUCAAGUACAAAGGCUUUCAAGUUGCUCCGGCCGAGAUCGAAGCCAUCCUCCUCAACCAUCCAUGUAUCUCCGAUGCAGCCGUUGUUCCGAUGAUAGAUGAGCAAGCCGGAGAAGUUCCGGUGGCCUUUGUAGUGAAAUCCAAUGGCUCAACCAUCACUGAGGAUGAGAUCAAGCAGUUCGUCUCCAAACAGGUAAUAUUCUACAAGAGGAUAAACCGUGUGUUCUUCAUUGAAGCCAUUCCCAAGUCUCCUUCAGGUAAAAUAUUGAGAAAAGAUUUGAGAGCAAAAUUAAAUGGUGCUGGUGCUGGUGUUGGUGCUUCCAAAGUAAAUUGACAAGUAUUUUUACUAUCCCUUUGUCUAUGUCUAUGUAUUUGUUUAUAAUAUUUAUUGGAAUCAAAAGACCAGUAAAUUGGUUGUAACACAAAAUAUUAUUACCAUUUACCAAUACACAUGAUGAUGGAUGGA